GUGGUCAGCGGCCACUCGGGCUGAGCUGCCAGGAGCUUCGCUGCCUCAGGUCCAGUUGGAGGUUCUGUCCCGUGAGUCCAUGGAGAGGCACGCUCAUGCACACUUCCAGCGAGGUCACCUGGCCCAGGAGAAGCACCAGAUGCUGGACCUGAACCGACGCCUGGAGAGCUACCUGGGCCGGGUGAAAUCCCUAGAGGGGGAGAACGCGCUGCUCGCCCAGGAGAUCCGAGACCUGCGCCGCGGCAAUGACGCCUCGGCGAGGAAGAAGAACAUGGAGAAAGAACUCCGUGAGGCCAGAGUGGCGCUCGACACGGCUUGGAGGGACCGAGUCUUCACGGAGAUAGAGGUCCGCAAGCUGAGCGAGGAGUUGCAGGUUUUGGACUGGCACUGGCAGCAGGAGGCUCAGGCCGAUGUAGAAGCCAAGACCAAGGUAGAGGUGAGCAGGAAGGAGCUGGAGGAGGAGCACAGAGCUCAGAGGUGGCUCAGGGAGAAGAUCGGCCAACUGGAGAAUGAAAUGAGCCUCCUGGUUCAGACCCAUCAGCAGGACGUGGCCCACUUGGAAGCGAACCCUGACACCCAUUCCACGGCGUCGGUGCCGACCCGCUUCGCUCAGAGGGGCAACGCGACUUCUGACCUCCACCAGCUGGAGCAGGAGCUCCACCACAGGGCCACCAGAGCCUGGCAGGAGAUGGCGGAGGCCUACCAGGCCCAGUUGGUUGGGCUGGAGGAGUCUCUGAACCAGAAUCAAGCCCGCUUGAGCCAAGCGGACCGGGAAAAGAGCGAGAACCAGGCGAAGCUGCGAGCGCUGGAGAGGGACAUGGUCUCUGCUCAAGACGUCAGGCUGCAUCUGGAGAGGAGUGCAGACCAGCAGCAGGAGGAACACACCUGCAGAACAUCCACACACUGCAGUCUUGUUUCCUUUCCUGGCUCCAGAGAAGCCAGCGAAACAAUCGCACUUCCCAUGUUUGUUGUUGAUGGAAGCCUGGCUGGCUCCUGCAAGUCAGAGCACUGGGAGGGCCUGGAGAGGGAGAAGGAGGAUCUAGGUCAGCAGCUUGAUCUUCUCGUUGUGGAGAACCGAGGCUUGCUGCAGCAGAAGAUGUCUCUGAGCCUGGAGGUUGCCACCUACAGAGCUUUGCUGGAUGGCGAGGGCCCUCAAAGAAAUGACGUCGCUCUGCAGAAACAGCCCAGAAACAUUAUUUGCAAGGUUCCUGAUCCAUCACUCCUAGAGAGGAAGGCAGCCUUCAGGGCCCAUAACCUUCUGUGGAAGUUGUACCACAAAGAUCGUAUUUUUACUCCAGUUGUUGAUCAGAUCCUCUCCUCCACAGAUGCACCGUUGAAGACUUUCCGAGAGAAUUAUCAGCCAUCUGUUCGCCGUAACACCGCUCCCCUCUCAUCACCUCUCCGCCGACAGCCAGCAACAUUUGAUACCACAACGCUCUUGAGGAGCACAACUAAAACCACCAGUGAACCUCAGACGGAAUCAAGGGAGCCUGAUGAUGAAGAUACAACUACGGCCAAACAAGAAAGCCAGUAUCCCAAAAUACUGCAGGAAGGAGCAGUGGAAGAGUUCAGAGCACAGGAAGUGGACGAGAAAGUGACCUACGCAGAGCCUCUUUCUCCUUCAGGAGAGGAGGAUGAGGUGGAGCAUCAUGAUGGAGACAUGUGUGAAGAUGAUGUUAUUGUUGUCAAGGAAAAAGCAGCUGUCAGCUUCCAGCUUCAGUCUUCACAGCCACCACUUUCUAAGGAGCUAAUUCAGAAACAAUCUCAAAGCCAGGAGAAGACAUCAGACCUUCUGGAAAUGACAGAGGACACAUUCAGUUCCUCAGCUGAAUGUGAUCAAAAACAGACAACUGAUGUUUCGAUUGAGACGUCUCCUGAGGAAGAGUGCGUGAGCAAAGAUGUACAGGAGGAACUAGAGGCCUUAGUCCAAGCGACUCCAGAAUCCAGGACAAUCCUCUCCUCUUCCAAGUGUGAGGAAGUAGAUAUGACAAACAUCUCCAAGGAUCACACGGCUGAGAUCAGGCAGGAAAUAAUCUACUCCACCUUGGCGGAAGCAGCAGACACGUUGUAUCCUGAUGGAGAAGAGAUGGAUACGUGGGACAGUGUGAUGAAGAAGAUUCAUGUUGAGUCAAAUGUUCCCAAACCGGAGGCAGAAGUAAAAACAGAAUAUGCAGAACCAGAGGAAGACAUCUCAACGAGAAGGUCUGAGCCAAGCAGAGAAGAGAUGAAGAAGCAAGACGACCACCCGUCCAUCUAUCAUGAAGAGCAAUCUCAAAGUUCCAACAACCAAGAGGAUGAAGAUGAAGACUCGCAAAAUGUCUCUGUGUCAUGGAGGACCGAGCUGGAGAGCGACAGCUAUGCUCAGGACAACACUCUGGCCGACACACGUCCUCUGAUUCGAUACAAGAGCGACGAGACGGACACCAAUACUCAGGCGUGGCACGUGGACGGAAGCGAGUCCAGCGACGGUGAGCAGGACCAGAAGACCGGAGAUGCCGCCACCUGGACCGAGACCAAGGCCAAGAACUUUGGAACCAUGGAGGAUCUUUGUGAGGACGUGGAAGAGGAAGCAGUGGAGUGUGAGCAGAAAUGUUCUGAUGAUAAAGAUGCUGGAGUGGACAAAGUCACCUUAGAAGCCAGUGAGGUUAUUUUGGAUGAAGAUGUGAGGAGCACACCUGUGGUCCUCCAAGAUAUUCCCUACGACGAUGAAGAGAUCGACACGGACAGACUUGUGGAGCUGGAAUUGGAAAACCUCUCCACGGAUCGAUACGCCUCUCACUUUGCUCAGCAGCUGGACAAGGAAAGCGAGCCGCAGCUUCUUGAGGACCAUGAAGAUGAAACCAUGACAACGGAACAAAAAGAUGACGAGAAAGUAAACUCCUGCAUGAAUACAGAUGUCAAAGUAGAAGACGAUCUGGAAGCAAAAGACUUCACAAGGUCUCUGGUGGACUCUCAAGAGGUGAAGGAGGACGAGGACAACCGGGUUGCUUUAGAGGCUCCAGGAAGAAAGGAGGAAGACUUUCACUUUAAUGUUUCCAUGGAGACUCAUGUUGAUGAAACCUUUAGUGAGUUCCUCAACAGGACUGCCAUGGUUGAAGAAGUGAUGGAAGGAGAAAUAGAAGAAGUAGUAGAAGAAGAAAUAGAAGUAGUAGGAGAAGAAACAGAAGAAGUAUUAGAAGAAAAAGGAGUAGAAGAAGAAAUAGAAAAAGUAUUAGAAGAAGUAGUACAAGACAACCGGGUUGCUUCAGAGGCUCCGGGAAGAAAGGAGGAAGACUUUCACUUUACUGUUUCCAUGGAGACUCGUGCUGAUGAAACCUUUAGUGAGUUCCUCAACAGGACUGACAUGGUUGAAGAAGUAGUAGAAGAAGAAAUAGAAGUAGUAGGAGAAGAAACAGAAGAAGUUGUAAAAGAAAAAGGAGUAGAAGAAGAAAUAGAAAAAGUAUUAGAAGAAGUAGUAGAAGAAAACCGGGUUGCUUCAGAGGCUCCGGGAAGAAAGGAGGAAGACUUUAACUUUAAUGUUUCCAUGGAGACUCGUGCUGAUAAAACCUUUAGUGAGUUCCUCAACAGGACUGACAUGGUUGAAGAAGUAAUGGAAGGAGAAAUAGAAGAAGUAGUAGGAGAAGAAACAGAAGAAGUAGGAGAAGAAACAGAAGAAGUAGGAGAAGAAACAGAAGUAGUAUUAGAAGAAGUAGUAGAAGAAGAAGAAGAAGAAGAAGUAGUAGUAGAAGAAGAAAUAGAAGAAGUAGUAGGAGAAGACACAGAAGAAGUAUCGGAAGAAGAAAUAGAAGAAGUAGUAGAAGAAAUAAAAGAAUAUGAAGUGGAAUAUGUAGAGGAAGAAGAAAUGGAAGAAGUAUUGGAAGAAGAAAUGGAAGAAGUAUCGGAAGAAGAAAUGGAAGAAGUAUCGGAAGAAGAAAUAGAAGAAGUAGUAGAAAAAAUUAAAGAAUAUGUAGUGGAAGACGAAAUGGAAGAAGUAGUAGAAGAAGAAGUAGUAGCAAAAAAAAUAGAAUUAGUAGGAGAAGAAACAGAAGAAGUAGUGGAAGAAGAAAUGGAAGUAGUAGGAGAAGAAACAGAAGAAGUAGUAAAAGAAAAAGAAAAAGAAGUAAUAGCAGAAAAAAUAGAAGUAGCAGGAGAAGAAACGGAAAAAGUAGUGGAAGAAGUAGUAGAAGAAGAAAAAGAGAACCUAGGGGAGCCAAAGACUGGCCUGGAAAACCUAAAAGAUCUCAUCCCCAAGGCCGUAGAAGCUACUUCUUGUUUGCAUGAGGAGAACCUAGUAGAAGACGCUGCAGGUUGUCUAGCAGCUGAAUGGACCGUCCUGGAGAACCUCAGCAAGGACUUUGACAUCACAGCUCUAAGCGAUGAAGAUGAGGCAUGUGGGGAAACUGCCCAGAGUCGUCCUUGCGACAGUGCCGCCAUAUUUGAGGCGCAGCCUGUUGAAAUCUCUCCUGAAACGGCGCUCGAGGAGAACGUCAUCAUCGCCGUGAAGGACUCAGCAGAAUUCCUCAAAACAAAUGGCAGAGACAAGCAAGAUUUCUGGGCGGCGUCCUUUGAGGACAGCGCCGCUUUCCGAGCAGAUGACGACGCGACAGAGAAUACCAACGUCACGUUUGGCGGCGGACUGGCUUGGGGGAAGGCGGUGAACGGAAGCUCCGCCCAUGGACGCACCCCUCAGGAGGGCGGGUCGGUCCAUUCAGAGGAGUCGGAGGCUGAGGGUGGAUGCUGGUCUUCUGGGGACGAGUAGUCUGAUUUGAUUAGCGGUCACAGCGCCCCUUUGUGCUCCUCCGUGUCAUUACAAGCAUUGAGUCUGGUCUUUAAGGGGGGAAUUUAGCAUGUUGGACGUGAAAGUCAAAGCUCGCCUAUGGAAGACCAAGUUGUGCCUUGGAGCGCACCCUAGUAGCGCAAUACACCAACGUGCCAAUUUCACGUAAAAACAUCAAAGAUUUCACUGCCUUUGACCCUCCUGUGUCCUUCCUCCCGUCCUAAUUAUCCUUCACACUUCUGGAAGGUCCCAAGUUGAAGAUUGAUCUCCAGGAAACCGUUAUUGAUGACAAUAUUGAUCUGUGGCUAAUCAGAUUUCACCUCCUGAUAGAGGAGGAGCAGCUGUUUAUUGAUCAUUCUGUUGAGUUCACGUGUGUUCUUUGUGACCAAUGAAGCUUUUUUUUUUUUGGCUUGAUUGAUUGAACCGUUUAGUCUGCUGUCCUUUGAAAUCUGCAAUAAACUUUACGACUGCU